CCGUUAAAAUCAAGUUAACUGUAAUCAAACGGCGAUUUUGCCACCUUAUUUUUACCUCUCUUUCACAAAAUCACAGCUCUCUCCUCUUUCUCUCUCCAAUUAUUCUGAAAUCCCUAAUUUUUUUUCAUUUCCAGCAUUCUUCCGUUCACUUGUUCUUGAGCAAAAUUCAAUUGUCGAAAAUAUGGUUGAAAUUGGGAAAACAUUGCUUAAUUCGGGAUGGUUAGCUGCAAGAUCCACUGAGGUUGACCUCACCGGAGUACAACUCACCACUACUCACCCACCUUCCGGUCCUUCUUCACCUUGGAUGACCGCCGUCGUCCCUGGAACGGUAUUGACGACCCUGGUAGAGAAUCAGUUGCUGCCUGAUCCAUUCUAUGGUUUGGAAAACAAUUCAAUUAUUGACAUUGCUGAUUCUGGGAGGGAGCAUUAUACAUUCUGGUUUUUCACAAAAUUUCCGUGUAAGCUGGCUGUGAACCAGCAUGUGGAAUUGAACUUUCGUGCCAUAAAUUACUCUGCAGAGGUAUACUUAAAUGGAUACAAAAGAGUUCUUGGAAAGGGGAUGUUCUGUAGGCAUUCCCUUGAUGUCACCGAUAUAUUGUCUCCUGAUGGUCAAAACCUUUUAGCUGUUAUUGUUCACCCUCCGGAUCAUCCCGGGAAGAUUCCGUCUACAGGUGGUCAAGGUGGUGAUCACGAGAUUGGAAAAGAUGUUGCAGCCCAGUAUGUGGAGGGUUGGGAUUGGAUGACUCCUAUCAGGGACCGAAACACUGGCAUUUGGGAUGAGGUUUCACUUUCCACCACUGGGCCAGUUAAAAUCAUGGAUCCCCAUUUGGUAUCCUCAUUCUUUGAUGACUAUAAGAGGGUGUACUUGCAUACCACUGUAGAGCUGGAAAAUAGAAGUGGCUGGGUUGCAGAAUGUUCUUUAAGCAUCCAAGUGGAAACUGAAGUUGAGGAUAAUAUUUGCCUGGUGGAGCAUCUUCAAACUCAACAUCUGUCAAUUCCUCCAGGAGCACGAGUGCAGCAUACAUUUCCUGAGAUUUUCUUCUACAAACCAAAUCUCUGGUGGCCAAAUGGUAUGGGCAAACAAUCAUUAUAUAAUGUCACUAUUGCUGUGGAUGUCAAAGGUUUUGGAGAAUCUGAUAUGUGGCACCAUUUAUUUGGAUUUCGCAAAAUCGAGAGCUAUGUUGAUAGUGCUACUGGUGGGAGGUUGUUUAAGGUUAAUGGAGAACCUGUUUUUAUCCGUGGUGGUAAUUGGAUUUUGUCAGAUGGUUUAUUGCGGCUUUCCAAGAAGCGAUAUCAAACAGAUAUAAAGUUCCAUGCUGAUAUGAACUUUAACAUGAUGCGUUGCUGGGGAGGGGGACUGGCUGAGAGACCGGAAUUUUAUCAUUUUUGUGAUGUUUAUGGUUUGUUGGUGUGGCAGGAGUUCUGGAUUACUGGAGAUGUUGAUGGACGAGGAGAUCCUAUAUCUAAUCCAAAUGGUCCCUUGGACCAUGAUCUUUUUUUGCUUUGUGCUAGAGACACAGUGAAGCUCCUUAGGAAUCAUGCCAGUCUUGCAUUGUGGGUUGGUGGAAAUGAACAAGUCCCACCAGAUGACAUUAAUGCUGCUCUUAAACAUGACCUUAGUCUCCAUCCAGACUUUGAGCACGUCAAUGGAACUUUGAUGCGAAAAAAAAUCGCGGUGUCUGAUACUGAUCCUAGUCAAUAUUUGGAUGGUACUAGAGUUUAUGUUCAAGGGUCGAUGUGGGAUGGGUUUGCUGAUGGUCAAGGAAACUUUACAGAUGGUCCUUAUGAAAUUCAGAAUCCUGAAGACUUCUUUAAGGACAACUAUUACAAUUAUGGUUUUAAUCCUGAGGUUGGGUCUGUUGGAAUGCCAGUGGCAGCUACUAUUAGGGCGACUAUGCCAAAAGAAGGUUGGCAGAUCCCAUUAUUUAAAAAACUUGACAGUGGUUAUGUAGAAGAGGUUCCAAACCAAAUCUGGGAGUACCAUAAAUACAUACCUUAUUCUAAACCAGGGUUAGUUCAUGAUCAGAUCCUAAAAUAUGGUACUCCAAAUGAUCUGGAUGAUUUUUGCUUGAAGGCUCAACUUGUUAACUAUGUACAAUAUAGAGCUCUACUUGAGGGAUGGACUUCCCAUAUGUGGAGUAAAUUUACAGGUGUCCUAAUAUGGAAAACCCAAAAUCCAUGGACAGGUCUGAGGGGUCAGUUUUAUGAUCACCUUCUUAACCAAACAGGUGGUUUCUACGGAUGCCGUUCUGCUGCUGAACCUGUCCAUGUCCAGCUAAAUCUUGCAACCUAUUGUAUAGAGGUAGUUAAUACAACAUCAGAUGAGCUAUCUGAUAUAGCUGUAGAAGCCUCAGUAUGGGAUCUGGAAGGAACAUGCCCAUACUACAAUGUACAUGAGAGUCUCACAGUACCUCCUAAAAAGACAUUGACUAUCACAGAGAUGAAGUAUCCAGAAUCACAAAAUCCAAAGCCAGUAUACUUCCUUCUCCUCAAGCUAUAUCACAUGUCAGAUCAUGGUAUUCUAUCAAGGAAUUUCUACUGGUUGCAUCUACCUGGUGGUGACUACAAGUUGCUUGAACCAUAUAGAACGAAAAAUAUUCCUCUGAAGAUAACAUCAAAAGUUUCCAGUCAAGAUAACAGUUAUGAAGUACUGAUGAAAGUCGAGAACACCUCAAAAAUGCCAAAUCGUGAGAAUCAGCUGAAUAAGAACAUUUUCUGCCUUAAAGUCGGCGAUGACAGUGAUGAUGCCUUGCAUAAAUUCUCGCAUGAUACUACUGAAAACAAACUGCAAGCUAGUUUUUUCCAGAAGAUUAACAGUUGUUUUCUCUGGGAAAGUAACAGGUCGAGGGUUGUUGAAAUCAAUGGAGCUGAUGCAGGGGUUGCUUUCUUCUUGCAUUUUUCAGUUCAUUCUUCAGAAAAAGAGAGCAAGGGCACAGAAGACACGAGGAUACUUCCUGUGCAUUAUUCUGACAACUAUUUUUCUUUGGUACCUGGUGAGAUCAUGUCAAUAAAGAUGACAUUUGAGGCUCCUCCAGGAGUAACUCCACGAAUUAAACUUAAUGGUUGGAAUUACUAUGACGGCCUUACUGUUUUGUAAUUGUCCAUGGAGGUAACUAGUUCUCAGAAGUGGUUAUUGCUGGUGCAAGGUUCUCUGUGAGGUCUAUCUCGACUGAAAGAUGUGUAGCAGUGUGUUUGAGUGGGGUGUCUGUAUUAUUGUCUGUAUUAAUUUAUAAAUAAUCUGCUAGUAUAGUAAGUAGAAAAACUUAAAAUCAUUUCUAGUAGAACUGCUUUCUAAACCUCAGUUGCAUUCUAUGAUGUCCGUCAGAACUGUAAUUAGUGAACUGUUUUUUACCUUAAAAUAAUGAAAAACAUCAAAGUUGUCAUUGUGAA